AUGCAGCCACUUGACGUAAGCUUCAUGAAACCCUUGAUGACCUAUUACGAUCAAGAACUGGAGAAAUGGCUACGCAAUCACCCAGGGAGAGUUGUGACAACAUUCCAGACCGCCGAACUGUUCGGAAAUGCCUACACAAGAGCAUCAACUACCAAAACAGCGAUGAAUGGGUUCCGAAAGACAGGGAUAUAUCCGGUCAACAGGGAUACAUUUGAACCACAUGAGUUUGCUGCUUGUCAGCCAACUGACGUGGAACAACCUGUCACUCAGCCAACAGUCCCAGAUGCGCCUGCCAGUCAGCCAGUAGUCCAAGAGGCCCCUGCCACUCAGCCAUUCGAUCCAGAUGCGCCUGACAGUCAGCCAGUAGUCCAAGAGGCCCCUGCCACUCAGCCAGUCGACCCAGAUGCGCCUGCCAGUCAGCCAGUAGUCCAAGAGGCCCCUGCCACUCAGCCAUUCGACCCAGAUGCGCCUGACAGUCAGCCAGUAGUCCAAGAGGCCCCUGCCACUCAGCCAGUCGACCCAGAUGCGCCUGCAAGUCAGCCAGUAGUCCAAGAGGCCCCUGCCACUCGGCCAGUCGACCCAGAUGCGCCUGCCAGUCAGCCAGUAGUCCAAGAGGCCCCUGCCACUCAGCCAUUCGACCCAGAUGCGCCUGACAGUCAGCCAGUAGUCCAAGAGGCCCCUGCCACUCAGCCAGUCGACCCAGAUGCGCCUGCCAGUCAGCCAGUAGUCCAAGAGGCCCCUGCCACUCAGCCAGUCGACCCAGAUGCGCCUGCCAGUCAGCCAGUAGUCCAAGAGGCCCCUGCCACUCAGCCAGUCGACCCAGAUGCGCCUGACAGUCAGCCAGUAGUCCAAGAGGCCCCUGCCACUCAGCCAACAGUCCCAGAUGCGCCUGCCAGUCAGCCAGUAGUCCGAGAGGCCCCUGCCACUCAACAAGAUGUCACAGAUAUGCCUGGUACUCCGCGAGCAGUCCUAAACACAUCUGCUCCUUCGUCAGAACCUCAAACAUCCGCCACCCCUUUUAUUUCUCUAUUUGUGAUUUCACCCCCACCAAAGGUAACAUCUACUGUUAGAUCCAAUAAACGAGCAAACUCACGUCGUGGUUUCACCGCAGUGUUGACCAGCAGCCCCUACAAGUCGAGUCUUGAAGAAAACAAAAGGGCCAAAGCUGAGAAGCAGAAGGCAGUUGAGGAAAGGAAGGCCAAACGGAAAGCAUCCAAGCAGGCAAAGGAAACACAAGAGAAUGAGAAAAAGAAGAAAAAACGUAAACCGACGAAGUCAGCUCGAGAUGAACCACUGCCCAAGCGUCCGAAGAAAUCAACUGACAUCCAAAAGGACAAUCCACCUGAUGAAGAGGAUGCUCAAUGUGUCUUCUGUGGCGAAAUGUGGAGCACAACAAAGCAAGAUAGCAUGAUACAGGGCACAGCAUGCCAAGAAUGGGCACAUAACAGAUGUGCGGGGGAUGGGGAGGAUGAGGACGACUUUACUUGCGAUUUCUGUGCUUAG